CCUAAACCCAGAUUUGAAUUCUCUUCAACGCCUUCAAAUACCGCGUGUUUCAUUCCUGGAAAUGUGCACCACCACUGCUGCUACUACUACUAUCCAAAAUUCAUACUAUUUGGUAGCGCUCCAUGGAACCCAAAAUUCGACUUCGUUUUUCCAUCUUUUUACUCUACAUUCUUUGCGUCCGUGCGCAGAAUUUACAAACCUAUAUAGUUCAACUCCACCCACAGGGGUUAACGAAGUCUUUGUUUAGCUCAAGACUUCAUUGGCACCUUUCAGUCCUUGAAAAAACCAUUUCCAACAAUGAGGAUUCUUCGUCCCGACUCUUGUACUCUUACAGCUCUGCAAUUGAAGGUUUUGCAGCUCAACUAUCAACAGCCGAGCUUAAGACCUUGCAGAAGUCACAUGAAGUAAUUGCCAUAAGACCAGAUAGAAGGCUUGAGAUACACACUACUUACUCUUACAAGUUCCUAGGACUAAGUCCAACUGGAGGAGGAGCUUGGUUGAAUUCUGGAUUUGGUCGAGGGGCAAUAAUUGGUGUACUCGACACUGGUGUCUGGCCAGAGAGUCCGAGCUUUGAUGAUCAAGGGAUGCCUCCAGCUCCACAGAAAUGGAGAGGGACCUGCCAAGCAGGACAAGAUUUCAGUGCUUCAAAUUGUAACCGAAAACUCAUUGGUGCCAGGUUUUUCAGCAAAGGUCAUCGUGUGGCGUCAUUGUCAUCAUCACCUGAUAUAGUCUCAGAAUACAUAUCACCACGAGAUUCUCAUGGUCAUGGUACCCAUACAGCAUCCACUGCUGCCGGAGCUCCAGUGCCAAUGGCAAGUGUCCUCGGAAAUGGAGCUGGUGAGGCUCGAGGAAUGGCCCCAGGUGCCCAUGUUGCCAUAUAUAAAGUUUGUUGGUUCAGUGGCUGCUACAGCUCAGACAUCCUUGCAGCAAUGGAUGUAGCCAUCAGAGAUGGAGUUGACGUACUCUCCCUUUCACUAGGAGGCUUCCCUGUACCCAUAUAUGAGGAUACCAUUGCCAUUGGCAGUUUUCGAGCAAUGGAGCAUGGCAUUUCCGUAAUAUGUGCUGCAGGAAACAAUGGGCCAAUCCAAUAUUCGGUUGCCAAUGAGGCUCCUUGGAUUGCUACCAUUGGUGCAAGCACGCUUGACCGGAGAUUUCCAGCUAUAGUUCAACUAGGCAAUGGGAAAUUCCUAUAUGGAGAAUCCAUGUACCCCGGGAAUCGAGUUCACAGUGCAGGGAAAGAACUCGAGCUAGUUUAUAUAACUGGAGGCAAUAAGGGUAGUGAAUUUUGCAUGAGAGGGUCUCUUCCAAAAGCAAAAGUACGAGGUAAAAUGGUAGUGUGUAAGCGCGGUGUCAAUGGGAGAGCCGAGAAGGGUCAGAUAGUGAAGGAAGCAGGCGGUGCUGCAAUGAUCUUAGUGAAUACAGAAAUUAAUUUGGAGGAAGAUUCAGUCGAUGUCCAUGUCCUCCCAGCAACAUUGAUAGGAUUUGAUGAAUCAAUUCAGCUGGAAAUUUAUAUGAACUCCACAAGGAGACCAAGAGCUAAAAUCAUAUUUGGAGGAACCAUCAUUGGAAAAUUCCGAGCACCUGCAGUAGCUCAAUUUUCGUCAAGAGGACCAAGUUUUACAGAUCCUGCAAUCCUCAAGCCGGAUAUAAUUGCCCCAGGAGUUAAUAUAAUUGCUGCUUGGCCACAAAAUCUCGGCCCGAGUGGCCUUCCAGAAGAUUCUAGAAGAGUGAACUUCACUGUCAUGUCAGGGACUUCCAUGGCUUGUCCCCACGCCAGUGGAAUUGCUGCUCUGCUUCACUCAGCUCAUCCAAAAUGGACCCCAGCUGCAAUCAAAUCCGCACUUAUGACAACUGCAGAUAUGAUGGAUCAUCUAGGCAAACCAAUAAUGGAUGGCGACAAGCCUGCCGAGCUGUUUGCAAUCGGAGCAGGACAUGUAAACCCAGGACGAGCCAUCAAUCCAGGACUGAUUUACAAUAUCCAGCCAAAUGAUUAUAUAACUCAUCUAUGCACUAUUGGGUAUACAAGAUCUGAAAUUUUCUCCAUAACUCACCGGAACGUGAGUUGCCAUGACAUUGUGCACCAGAACAGGGGAUUCAGCCUCAAUUACCCCUCAAUUUCUGUAAUUUUCAAGCCGGGAGAGACACGGAAGAUUAUUAAAAGACGGCUGACAAAUGUGGGGAGUUCUAAUUCCAUUUACACAGUGGAAGUAGUGGCACCCGAGGGAGUCAACGUGCGAGUGAGACCACAACAUCUGAUAUAUAAACAUACAAAUCAAACUUUGAGCUAUAGAGUUCGGUUUACAUUAAGGAAAAGAAUAAGAACAGAUACUACAAGAUAUGCUCAAGGACGUUUGACAUGGGUGAAGAGUGGAAGGAGUUUUAAUAGGGUCCAGAGUCCUAUUUCAGUAACAUGGGCAUCAAAGAAUUGAAAACAUGUAGUGCUCAUUACUCGACUAAUGCUGCUUUAUUCUUCUUCGAUCUCAUCACUAUGAGACAAUAAUCUUCGAGUUUCAUCUUUUAUGUAAUUGGUUUAGGUUGCUAUAUCUAUUAUCAACCUAUACUUCUACUCCAAAUUCUAUCCUCAAAAGACACUCCUAGUUCACCUAGCAUGUACCCACUUCUUGUACUAUGGUCUCGAACAUCUAUAGUACUGUAUGGUAAUACCGACACUGUGUCACCAA